AUGAGCAUCGUCGCAACACUGGAUGAUGAUAAUGUUCACGUUAAGGAGUUGAAUAGGUUAUUUUUGGGAUGUGCGAAUGAAGGCGAGAACUAUCUGGAUGAGGACGGUUUGCACACGUUAUGUGCGAAACUAAAUUUGACGCCAUUCGCAGAUGCGAUUGUUGAACGAGUAUUGUGUGGUUAUCGGGUGGUUGAUUUCCAGGCAUUCAAAGAUCGUUUCGUGCAAUUGUUACCAGAGAUAAUCGAUGUGAGCACAAGCAGCGAAACACUCGAACGGAACUGUGAAACGACGUUGAACAAUCUUGGAAUUAAUAAUGGGCAUUUAGCAUUGACAAGAUAUAAGACGAGAUUAUUAUGUGAAAAUACAUCUGAAUUGAAUCGACUGAGUGUCGUCGAUAUAAACACACUGUUCGAUCGUGCGGAUACGAGUGGCAUUGGUGAAAUAACACUCAGUGCAUUCAUAUCGCAGUAUUAUCUCUUCAAGAAGAUCAACAAGAGCAAUCCGACUGAUAUCGACUUCAUCAAUGACUCAUUCGUUUCAUCUGUUAAUUUAACAAUUGAUUCACAAGGUUUGCUUGAGCACUGGGCAUCAUGUGGGAUCAGCAUAGAGCAAGGUUUGACCGUUCUCAAGCGACAGUUGAGUGAAUUUGCAACAACACAAACAGCAUCCACAGUUGUACGGGUGGCGCUGUUAUCAUUGCACGCGUUCAUCGAUCAUCUUCGACUAGUAAUAAACGUUUCAUGGAAAUUAAUAUAUCACAGGUGUAUGGUAAGGGAAGGCGAGUGUCGUGCGGAGCAUCUGCACAAGCAGCUUCAAUUAGCGAAUCAACGCAGAACACUAUUAAUUGAAGAGCUGGAAAAUAAUCAGUUGUCGAUCGAAGAGGGUUACGAACAGCGUAUAAGAGAAACUGAAGAACGCUAUCGUACAAGAGUGAGUCAGAUGGAGGAUCGAUUCCGAGUUGAGAAGAAAGAACUGAUGAAUGAAUUAACACAGGCUGAAGAAGAGCUGUCUCGAGUACGUCAGUCAGAGUGUGCAUCUCGGAAUCGUUUGCAGUUAGUGGAACGGCAGUGUGAACGAUUGAAUGAUGAAACACGAGAAUUAUCCGAAACAAUUCAACAAAUCGAAGAGUUGAAUCGUAAAUUGAAAAUUGAACUCAAUAAAAACAUUAUCUCGAAAAGAAAUUUCAACGAUGACCGAAUUCCGAACGUCAUGUGGAAGAAUCGUGUAGAGUUGUUGUUAGCGCACAAUAAGCGAUUACGUGACAAAGUGGAUGAAUUGAUGAAUAGUGAUCGUAAAAAGCAUUUAUCGAUACGUGGUGUUGAUCCGUUGUAUAUGCGUUGGACGAGUGCCUUUAGAUCUCAACUUAUCGCGAUUAGGAAACGACGAAUGGCUAGAAUAAAUAACGAUACCUUAUCUGAAAUGGAAAGUGAACCAGAAUCGAUCUUUGUCCGAUCACGUAAACGACGUUUACUGAAGAUACGAGAACGUAAACGUCGACACGAACGCGUUGCACAUCCCAUAGGCAGUUCUUCUUCAUCAAAUGACACGACCACAGCUGGUGUGAACGGCAGUGGUGCACUCAAAGAGAACAACACUCACCUUCAACUGCUUCAAAAAACACUGACCGAAAAAGAAUUGAAAUCAUUGCUCGGCUCAUCGUCAUCUACCACUGCUGCAGCGAGUGCAUCCAUUGAUUGCACUAAUCGUAAGGUUAUGAAAGUGAUGAUGCAAAAUGAUGAAUGUGAACAGAUUCGGCGAAUCAAAGACGAAGAAAUUAGCAAAUUGAAAGAAGAACAUCGUAAAGAGAUCAUCGCCCUCAAACUAUCCACGAAUAAGUCCCUUGCAGACGCACUCAAUGAUCAACAACGUCAAAUCACACAAAGUUUCGAGAAAGAACGGCGUCAAUUCGAGAUUAAGCUCGCUAGUGAGCGAAAUUCAUUGGAGAGGAAAUUUGCUGAAGAGAAAAUGAAAUUGAUUAGUCGAUUGCAGCAAGAAUUCGAACAAGAAUUAGCACGCCUUAGAGCACCACCACCACCACUGUCGGUUGCAUCAGCCUCGGAUGAUUCACGGAAUUACAAACGUCAGAUUGAGCAACUUGAAUCGUCGUUACGUGGUCAACGAAAUGGUUAUGAGAAGAAACUGGCAGAACUGAAAGAGAAAUAUCGAAUUGAAUUGAAUCUGUUCCGUUCUCUGUUAAAGCCAACCGAUUCGUCGCCGUCCUCGUUUAUUGCAUUGAUUGAAAAGUAUCGGAAUAGUGACGUUCUGCCGACAAGCACUCGACGCUUUUUGGAUAUAGAAGAGAAGAUGGAAAGGAAAGAGGAUGCAGGGGUGAAUUUACUGAAUGUUGAAAAAGCGAAAACAAAGCAGUUGGCCACUUUUUCAUUACCGAUGAGCGAUAGUAAGUUAGCAACAAUCUCAUCGUCAUCAUCAGUAUCAGUUUCAAAACAACAAUCAUCAAACAAGAGUCGAUGUGAACGAUGCGAAUUGGUUGAUAGUAAAUUGAAAAGUGUUUAUUCGGCACUGACUGAAGAUAACGCUGUGCAACGAAUCGAAAGCGGUAUCGAAGAUGUCGGCUCAAGUGCGGACAGUUUAAUUGAGGAGAAAGCAUUACUGAAAAAUGAGAACCAAAAGUUGAAAGGUCGUUUGGAGCUGGCUAAAGAACGUCUCACAGAGUUGCGAUUGUUUUUGUCGUUGAAUGGCGGCGCAUCGUCGAAGCAGUUCAGUAAUCAUCAUCAAAACUUGGAUAAUACUGAUGAAGCAAACCAUAGCAAUCCGUCAAGCGCAACAACAACAGCAACAGUGCAAGCUGAUCAAAUCACCGAGUUAUUCUCAUCCUCAUCACCUCAUCCCUCAUACUUUGCAUCUUGUUCUUCUUGUGCCGCUUCGGCCAUCUCUCAGCAUCACAACAAACAACAGCCGACUUCUUAUCGUUAUUAUCGCUAUCAUGCCGGUUUGGGUGGCAGUGAAAAUUCAGAGCUACGUUUCAGUAGACGUGAGCAACGGACGCGAAUAAUGCGGGCGUCAAGAAGACAUUGUGAACGUCUUCAGAUGGAUAAUGCGAUUCUGAACGCACGUCUAAUCGAAUCCAGACAGUUAAUGAAGACAAUAGUGGCAAGUUACGGACGACAACUGGACGAAACGAGUCGACUCGGUAAAUUACUUCAACUCAUCUACACAUCACCAUCACCGUCACUCAAAUCAUUAGAUAAAGCUUAA